UCUUUCGUAUUGGUAAUUAAUAUUUCAAUCGUUCACUAUUGCAACACAUAACAAACUGACCUCAAUAAUGAGAUAACACUUGUGGAAGCUCGCCACCCCAUUCAACACUGUUAUCGUGGCCCAAAACACGCCCAAAACACGUAUCUUUUAGAGUAUAAUUUGCUGCCAGAAGUAUCAAAAAGACUAUGGUUACAAAAGACGAAAUAUUUAAAGGGUAAUGUUUUUUCGCGAACGAACUUCCAGUGUAUGUUAAACGAAGCCACUACCAACAAAUAAAGGAACGCAUUAAGAAGGAAAAAGAAUGCUUUCUGAGAACUAGCAGUCCAAAACACACGAACUAAUCAAACGGGUAGAUAUCACGUGAUAGCCGUACUUUCAAGAGCUCUAUCCCGAUUGGUUCAUUCUGACGCUUAUAACAAACUACACACAAGCUCUGUGGAUCAUAACGUGUGUUAAGGUCUUAUCGACAGGAGCGACUUGAAUCACUCAAGAUAGACGAGAGACUACACUUAAGGUGAUCGAGUACAGUCCAACGAUAUGGCUUGUGUAUCAACCACUGCAAUACUAGCGAUGCUUUUUUUAUACUUUACUGGAUGUACUACAAUCACAUUCAAAUCCAAAACCCACAAACCAGAAUCCACUUCGCCUGAGAUCUCAGAAGGGUUUUAUUUUCUUUCCGAGAACGUCUUUGCUGAGAACGGAACUUUUUCUUCUGAUAACACAACCACAAUCGCAAGAGGAAAGGAAUUGAAGAUGGAAGAGUUAUCAAAAUCUACCCUAGAUGAAAAAUGCGAUGGUGGGCUGCCUAUCUCUGCUUCUUGGCAAUAUUACGGCCCUUAUGCUAAGUCUUCAACAAAGAUGAACUCAAAGUUAGGAGUGGAAGGGAUUUUCCCACAUCUCAUUAACAAAAUGCUUAAUUUCUGCUGCAACAUGUCGACGGUCGUGUCCUAUGGAAAAAUUAUCAAGUCGAUUAGAAAAUUAGAGGGACAGCUGGAUGACCCUCAGGCAGCCUAUGAUCUCACUUUCCCUAUAACUGGAAUUAGCGAGGAUGAUAAGACUUUUAAGGAUCUACAGUUUAUCCCUGUUGUACAAGCCCCUAGAGUGGCACUACUUGUACUUGAUAAGGAUAUGACGGAUCAGACGUCGCAGUUGUUGAUGACUGUCACUAAGGCUUGGCCAAUUCUUGUGUUUAUUAUCGUGGCAGCAACUCUUUCUGGUAUGAUCAUCUGGGCUUUGGACCGACUUAAAAACCCAGACGAGUUCCCGCCUCCAUUUAUCAGCGGCACGUGGGAAGGAUUCUGGUGGGCCUUUGUCACCAUGACGACUGUAGGGUAUGGAGACCGUGCACCCAAGUCACUGCUGGCUCGCGUGUUUUGUAUAGUAUGGAUUUUAGUUGGUAUCAUCAUCAUCGCCAUAUUCACUGCUAUCAUAACAGCCUCGCUGUCUGCCAGUAUUCAACAUCAUUUUACUGUCCAUGGAUCCAAGGUUGGGGCUGUUUCGGGAAGCGAGGAACAACGUCUUGGAGUGAGCUUGAAUGCAGAUAUGAUUCCCUACCAAUCAAUCCCAGAAAUGAAUAAGGCAUUGCUGAAUCAAACUCUGAACGGUUCUUUGAUCGAUAACUACGUCUUGACACACUACAGUGAUUACAUCAAGUUCAAUCCUGUUCGAAUAGAAACCACCUACAACCAUCCCAUCACCUACGGUAUAGUGCUGAGGGAUAACUCUAGCAAGAUGGUCGAAUGCUUCCGGUCCUACGUUCGCAACCAUCCACAAGAGGUUUUUGAAAUCAUCGCGAAGAACCUUCAACCACUCAUAAAUCCAACAGAUGCAGAGAGUCAAGAGGUCAAAGCCUCACGUGAACUAUUUUUCUAUCGUGAACCAUCCUUCAAGUUUGUGUUACACGUGCUGCUGAGCGUGGUGGGAUUUCUGCUUCUUUUUGGUGCAUUAUGGGAAUUACUCUACCGCAAGCCUAAAGCACGCCAACUUAAAGCACAACGUAGCGAGAAUCCCGGAACAUAUUUGGCUCUCUCUCAAAUGCGGGGAGGCAAUUGCGAUUGUCAUGAAAUGAUGCUCAAUCAUCAGACAAUACAGGCCAUCAAAGACAAGUCCAUCCGCAUCAAAGAGCUCAUCAAAGAAUAUGAAGAAUUUUACGAGAAAUGGCUAACCAAAGUCAGAGAUGUAGAACGUGAUGAUAAUGGACACAUCACUCCAAAUAUGGUCUAAAUAAGUACCUAUUAACCAAAAAAACAUCAACACCCACAGCUCGCACGCCCAGACCUCGUGAACUAAGCUCGUCCAAAUGACUCGAGUAAGACUGGGGCGGGCCCUAUGUCCUAAUCGUGAGAUUUUCAAAUUCAGUCUGUACACAGGCUACCUAGACUAUUUUCCUGUGGCUUGAAAGACAGUGAUACUUUUACAAAUUUUACAAAUAUCUUUUUUUUAGCUUUAAAAGCUUAAUGAAUGUUUACAAACCUUUAUGUAUCCACUGGAAGUUGAUAUCAAAUCCGUAAUUUCGCUUUUUUUUUGAAAAAAUGUCUCCCCCGUAAAAUUGUUUGACAAGGCUGGAGACUCCGGGACCUACAUAGAUAACUGCCUCUAAUCAGCGCGUUCAAAAAGCCUCUUUUCCUUCUCCAAUCUCUACGAGAUUUCGUCAAGUUUUUGUCUAAUACCUGGUCAUUGUCGUUUCAAGUUUACACGGUCCCAAGAUAAAUAUUUCUAGAGAUAUUGAAAGCUCAAAGGAUAAAAUAUCACUGUCGUUUAAGCUAUAAUAAUAAUCUGGGCACUCUGUUGUUUUUAGAGCACUGCAUGAAGUAAAAUACCAAGAUUUUUGAACUUUAUCACCUUUUUCGACUAAUCUAUCGGCCUAGCAUAGAGCAAGGCUUAAAUAUUUCAAGAUCUUUAGAACUUCUUCAAAUUAGUUCUUGUUCUUCACUAGUCAUGAAUAUAAGCAUUUUAAGAAAGAGAUGAAAAAAUGGUCCAAAAUAGGGACCCCAUUUUAUUGGACUUUGAUUUUUGGAGAUGAUACUAAAACGGGAUUUAACUUCCAGAGGUGAAGAGAAGUGGAGGGUCUGGGUAUCCUCACCCCUCCCUCCUAAGUCGGGUCCCAUCACAUGACAUGAGUUUUGAUCUGAUUCCUAAGGAUAACGUAAUACGUAUGUGCAGAUUUAUCUCUCGAGGUUUGUUAUCUCCUGCGCAUGCGUAGGAUUGUUUAGUAUCUCCUGCGCAUGCGUAUGCCGUUAAACUUAUCCCUGCGUCGUCGCUCCGAGUAAAAAACUGUUCUAAGAAUAUGUAAAAUUAAACCACUAUAGCAUGUGCAAUUCGAUCUGGUAACAUUUUGGCUGAAUAAUAAAAGUGGUGUUCGAACAGGACCUGAUAUGAUAAGCAUGCAAUACGCGAAAAAAAAAAAA